AUGUCCGGCGUGGUGCGCACCCUGAGCCGCUGCCUGCUGCCGGCCGAGGCGGCGGGGCGCGGCGAGCAGGGCCGCCGCGAGGGCAAGGAGCGGAGCCGCGACGCGGAGCGCGAGGCGCGGCGCCGCAGCCGCGACAUCGACGCGAUGCUGGCCCGCGAGCGGCGCGCCGUGCGCCGACUCGUCAAGAUCCUGCUGCUGGGCGCCGGCGAGAGCGGCAAGUCCACCUUCCUCAAGCAGAUGCGCAUCAUCCACGGCCGCGAGUUCGACCAGAAGGCGCUGCUCGAGUUCCGCGCCACCAUCUACGAGAACAUCCUCAAGGGCUGCAGGGUUCUGGUCGAUGCACGGGAUAAGCUGGGGAUCCCUUGGCAAUACACGGAGAAUGAGAAGCAUGGAAUGUUUCUGAUGGCUUUUGAGAACAAAGCUGGAAUGCCCAUCGAGCCAGCCACCUUCCAGCUCUAUGUCCCGGCCCUGAGCGCGCUCUGGAGGGACUCGGGAAUCAAGGAAGCCUUUAGCCGUCGCAGCGAGUAUCAGCUGGGUGAAUCAGUGAAGUACUUCUUGGAUAACCUGGAUCGGAUUGGUCAGCUGAAUUACUUCCCCAGCAAACAAGAUAUUUUGCUGGCUAGAAAAGCCACUAAAGGAAUAGUAGAGCAUGAUUUCAUCAUUAAAAAAAUACCCUUCAAGAUGGUGGAUGUAGGUGGACAGAGAUCUCAGCGUCAGAAGUGGUUCCAGUGCUUUGAUGGAAUAACUUCAAUCUUGUUCAUGGUCUCCUCCAGUGAAUACGAUCAGGUCCUUAUGGAAGACAGGCGCACAAACAGACUUGUGGAGUCCAUGAAUAUCUUUGAGACAAUAGUCAAUAACAAGCUUUUCUUUAAUGUUUCUAUUAUCCUAUUCCUCAACAAGAUGGAUCUUCUUGUCGAGAAGGUAAAGACUGUCAGCAUUAAGAAGUAUUUCUCGGACUUUAAGGGUGACCCUCACAGGCUAGAAGAUGUUCAGCGUUACCUGGUGCAGUGCUUUGACAGAAAGAGGAGGAACCGCAGCAAGCCGCUCUUCCAUCACUUCACCACUGCCAUAGACACUGAAAACAUCCGCUUCGUGUUUCACGCCGUGAAGGACACCAUCCUUCAAGAGAAUCUGAAGGAUAUUAUGUUGCAGUGAAGGAGAGCAGCCCAUAUUCUGUUAAGAUUUGCCAGAGGGUUAGAUCAAAGGUUUUAUUCUUUCUUUAUGGCCCUUGCAUGUGGUGGAGGACCCAUGCUAUUUACUUGGCUCAGGAAUGCUGUAAACUAGCCAGUCCAAACAGAGGAGCUAUAGGCUGAAGGAGUCAAAUGUUGAUGUUAGCUACUGAAUCAUUUGGACUAGAAACACUACUGAAACUGGCCAUUGUAGGUGUUCUUUACCUAGUUUGGAAUACUGAAUAACAUAACCACCUUCUGCCUUCUUACAUAUUUUUUUUUCUCUGAGAAACCAUGUAAGGAAGACACUUUGUUUUAAAUGAAUAUGUUUAUUCUCAAAGACACUAGUAAUACAAACUGCCUUUUUUGUAGUUUGGAGGUGCUGAAUUAAUCCAACUAAUCUAAAACAUAACAAGAUUGGUAGCUGUAUUGGUGAAUGUUAACCAAGUUGUGUUCUUAUCAACCUUGGGUAUGUAACUAGGUCUUGAGUGCAUAUUCAACUCUGCCAAGGAUCUAGGGUCCACUUUUCAAGGUGGAUGCACAGCUCUUGUCUGAAGGUUUUGCAUGAGUCUCCUGAAGCCAAGGCCUGAGACAGUCUUUAUAAAGGAAACCAAUACUGGAGGAAAUUGGAUGGGAAAUCUAUGAUGUGGCUAAUAUGGAGAAAGGUUUAUUUUGCACUAUGUGGCAAGGGUAUUACACCAUGGGGAAACAGAUUGCCCUGGUAAAGCAGCCUGUGCCAGAGCAUCUGACCAUGCAUGUGGACAGCAGGUGCUGUAGUGAGAUGCACUUCAUGCCAGUUCAGCCCUGCUCUCACACCUGGAGCAUUUGACAGCAUUUGUGAAGGUUUAAUCUCUCAUGUGACAGGGGUUUAUCUGGUUUUAGAAGUAGGAAAGCUGAUUAAACUCUGAAGCAGAGGUUUGGGUAGUACGGCAGCUGCUUGACUAGCUCCCGAGAGCCAACCUUAUAGGAAGGCUGAACACUCUAGAGGUCCCAGUUUUACAACUGCACUGAUGUAUUUGGACAGCAGGACCUUGCUGUAAAAUUAGCCCUUAAUCUGUGUCUUAAUGGGAUCUUUAGCCUGUAUUAAUGCACAUGUAAUUACGAGUACAGUCAAGUUUAGAGUGCCCAUUUCAGGCAAUGGUUUGUGUGUAAAGUUGCAAGAGGCUACAAUUAAUGUUGUUAUAUGAACUGUUAAUUUUCUAGCUUUCUCGAACUCGUGUAACUGAGGUGCCUUUCCACGUACAGAUAAGUCAGAUCUUUUCUAUUGCAGUGGGGUACAUGGACAAACUUAAGAUCUGCCUUUUAUCUCAGCAUUGUAGUGGUGUGUUUUAGCUAAUUUUUAACCGUAGUUUACUGUGCAAUUGGUGUCAUAGUUUUAUCUAAGAAUAAAACCUGAAGGGCUAUUCAUACCCAUACAAAGUCAGCAGGUUCCCUGGAGUUCUUAUCCCCUUUGAGACUGUAAUGGCAUGUCAAAACAAGCAACAUUUACUUCAGCUGGUAAUCCGAUGGGAAAUGUGGUCUAAAAAAACCCUGCUCCGUUGUCUUUUCAUGUUGAUUUGGAUAAAAUCUGAAAUCUUUUCUUUUUUCUUCCUCUGAAGUCUGCAGAUGUUCAGAUUGGUGAAUAGUUUCCUUAUGUAGCAAUCUGGUUUUCUUUUGCUGCGGAUUUCGGAGUGAAAAACGCGUGACUGUUUUAUAAUGCUAUGUAAAGCGCAUAGUACUGAGGUAAUAAGCAAGUUAAAAGUUGCAGACAGGAAAAUCAAAUUUAAAUUUAAGCUUCCAUUACUUAGCCAACUUAAAUGGGAAUUAGCUUCCUUGUAAGAGGUCUUUUUUUAAAAAACCCGAUCCAAAUUUGUCUUUUUAAUAUUUAUUCAUUUUUAACCUUGAAGAGAAAAUGUCAUGAGAAUCACCAAUCUUCAGAUGGGGAGAAAUCUUUAAAUUAUUACAUUUGAAAAGGUAGUGUUUCAGCACUAAUUGAUGCAAAGAACAGCUUGCUCGUUGUAGAGGGUUCACUGCUCUAAGCUAGCCCAUCUGCUCAAGUGGAGACUCCUUUCAACACUUCCAGAUAUUCUUGGAGUGCUGGUAGUGACCUCCACUUCAUACAGACAUUUGACUUUAUUUCCCAAUUCGUUGUGCAUUUUGUUGCUUCACUAAAUUUCCUGGAUUGGCUGAUGUGUUUUUCUCAGUUGAGUUAAAUAUUCCCUUUCAACUAUAUCUUUCUAGAGAAUUACCUCAGUUUUAUGUCUGCAUCUACUGUAGUUUUACCUGGGAGGCAUAGUGUGGAAUUUCCUGUUUUGUUUUUCUCUUCAUGAUCAUCCAUGAUUUUGUAUCCUUAGUCACCUUGGAGAUUUAAAACUCAGAACAGAUCUAAUAGUGCGAUGUAUAUUUAUCUAACUUAAUCUGUUGCACCUGGAAAAGAAAUAGCAUGAGAUAACUCUUAUUGAGCUGUCAAGGUUGCUAGUAAGCUUUCUUAUACAAUAGGGCAAUUUUGCACAAUUUAUCAGAGUUUUAGGGAGCCAGUUUGAUGACCUCAGACCCACUAUUGCCCUUCUUUCUGGUAAUAAAAUGGGCCUCAGCACAAAGCUCUAGACCACAGGUGGAAAUCAGUAGUUUUGGCUGUAUAGAAUCUGGUAUUUGAAGGCUCUGUUUUCUGCCCAACUUUGGGGUUAGCGGUUCACACCAAGAACGCAAGAUGAAGAAAAUCUUUUUGCACAGGUUAAGUGCUUCUCAAGUCUGCAACAGAUAUGACCUGUGGCCAUUUGAGGGAGAAGAAUUGCUUUUUAAGUGGCAGGUAUAUUUCUGCUGCUGCUAAAUACAGGAUCUGCUUCUUGCCACAGCUGAGAUUUUGGGUGGUUUUGUUUUUCCAAGGUAUGUGGUAGUACAAGAAAGACAGAAAUCCAUAUUAUGGAACCCAGUAAAUUGCUAACACAGAAUUUAAUUGGCGUAGGUUGUACAACCGUGUCAGGACAGGCUUGACCCCUUGCUCGGUGCUUUCACAAGAAACAACUGGCGACUUUAUUUUAAGUGACAUCCUGGAGAACUUUGCAGGUAAACACAGCUGGAGAGAACAUCUUUUUUGUUAACUUUAUGGGGUUAUUGUUCAUUUGGCUGGUCAGGAAAUGGGUCACAGGCAGGAUGAUAAUCAGAUGAAGCCCUUGAGCAACUGCUUUAAAAAAAGCCUUUUUCUGGUCCCACUCUGAUACCCGCAGGUCAUUGGCGGGGGAGUUUCAAAUGUGUUGUCUCUUGCAAGGACAAAGGGAGGAAGUGCUUGCAGCAUGUGCAUGCAGGAGAGAUUGAUGCAAUCUUGCAACUUGGCAAAAAAACUAACUAUUGGGAGUCUUUUACUAAACACUGCUUUGUAUUUGAUGUCCUGAAAACAGGACUGGAAACUCAGUAUAGUGUCAGUACCAUUGCUUCAAACUGAUGCUGUUGUUUUCUGAACAGGCUAAUUUCUAGAUGGCAUUACCAAUGAAUUGAAAUUAAAUUAACAGUUUUCUUUAUUUUCAGAAGUAAUUUGUAUAAAUGGCAUCUUUAAUAGGCAGUUGUCACUUUAAAGCAAUUACGUAGUUUCAAUGUUGAAGAUACUGAAAUUAUGAAACUGAAAUUAUUGAUCACUCAACUUCACACUGCAGUUCAUGAAGAGGUGUUUAAUUUGACACUAAAUGUCGGUCUUAUUUCAUCCAGUACAAUAACGUAGAUUAUUUGAUUUGCUAAUUUUGAUAAAUGUUUAGGUUUUAAAAGUACUGCAUUCAAACCUAGGACUAGACGUGAUACCAGCAUAAAGGAGCUCCCAAAAUGAUUUUUUUUUUUGCAGGCUUUCAGAGCUAACUUACACCUGAACUUCAACAAAGCAAACGUAAUGCAGAAAUUGGUAUUAAUUGCAAGAAACUGUAGGGAAAUAGGUACUAAGAUCUCCUCUAUACAUUGCACUGCAGAUAAAGCUUCAUUUUAAUAGGGUAUCUGAAGUAGUUCUGAGUGUGAGAGAGAGUCCAGUUGGAGCAGUUGCCCUACAACUCUCCAGGUAUUCAGUAGUUCUGGUUAUUGUAAUUUGCAGAGAAUCCUAGAAUCAAAAGUAAUCAAAGGAGUAGACAUGGAACCACUGAAGGAAGAAGCAGGUUUUUUUAAUAUCAGACAAUUGUCUUCCACUGAAGACAUUUUUUUUGCCUUUUUUUGUUUUUAAUGUGCCUUCUGCCUUCUUUGGGUGUCUGUCUUUAUAUUUAGCUCCACAUUUUGUCAUCUUUUCUAUGUAUGGACCUUUUCCAUUUUGCUAGGAGAGGAGGAAAAUCCACUGCAGCAAAUUAUAGAAAGUCUGUAAAAGGCCCUCUGGUUUUCAGCUGGCGAGUUUUGACCCCCGACGUAGCUUUGUUUAUGGCAUCAAAUUUCCAGCAGGGCUAUUUGGUGCCAGCUUGAGACAAAAUGAAGAUAUGCAAGAAUACCUCCACACAACGCAGCUUGCCCUAUACACUAAAACUUGAUCUCUCAAUGAAAACUAAACAUUGAUUCCUGUAGGUUUACUUACUAUUAAUCUAUAUAUCAUUUUUCUAGUAUAAAAUCAUGCAGCAUAGGGGAUUUCAUGUAGCACUGCCAACUCUUUACCUCAGUGUAGUCUUUACUAAUUCUGUAACACGGGAAAUGGUGGGCAGGAUGUUUCAGUAGCAGGUGUAGAACAUCUGAAUUAAAUGAUUUUUUAACAGAUUUCUGGGGCGUGUCCAUUGUAGGACAAGAGUCUUGACUGGCAUGUGCCAGACUUGAGCUGAACUAAUAUUGUCUCCACACGUUUCUAGAUGAGGACUAUCUAGCUUAGUGAGGAAAUACGGGCAAGACAAUGCAAGAUCCAGUGCUUUUUAAUAUUGCCUGUUUUGUAAUUAGCUGGGGUGAUCCCUGCGUUGUGCUGUGAAGUGGACACUUUUCUUAACACUUUUUUUUUUUGCAUAGAUGGAAAUGAGUAAAGCCAGGCUGUUUGGAGCUGAAACUGCUGCUCUGCUAGCCAAGUGAUGCUGUCUCUUUGCUCAUCUUGGUGGUUGAACAGCUUAGCUUGAUUCUUUUAUCUUUCUAAUGGCAUUUGGAAAGCAGUGAAGUUUGUCUGUGUGUUGAUAUGCUUGUCUUUGUGUUGGGUGGGGAGGAGCAUGGAGGUACUAGACUGCCAGUGCUGGUGGUUUGGAGCUUGACAUGACACCCUGUAUCACAGCCAAGCUCUUGGCACAUGUCUGGAGCUCUCCUCUUCUGUCUGAUGUGAAGACAAUCCCAGUCAGACAAGAAGGAGCAGCAGUGACUUCCAAGAUGGGCAUUCUGUGCCAAAAACCAAGUAUAUUGGAAGGGAGCAAGAGAGGGGAGCGAUUUUCAAAACACAUCCCGAAAGCUGAUGGUGCUUGGGGACUGUGUAUUGAAAUGAAAUGCGUUGAUCCAGCCGCUUUGACCGACUACAGGAGGACUGUUGGCUGCGUGUCUGUUAACAGCAGCUGGCACUGCUGUUGUUGCACACCCUCCCAGUGUAAAUCUCUCUUCGUCUGCCCAUAAGUGGGUGCUAAGACUCGAUUCCUUCUAAGAUAGGGUAGGCAGAUCUCUGGCCAGACAAUGCAUCUUGCUCCGUUCUAACAACUACUUAACCUGUCUUCGAGAUAUCAGACUGUGAGGAAUAUUUCAGGGGAAUGGCAAGCCAGGAGAUGUUUUCAUUGUUUAAAUGAGAGCUACAAUUUGAAGGAAAGCAAAAUUCUGG